GCAAGGCAGAUACAGGCAACACAGGCAGAUCCCUGCUCCAGAUGAAACCUGCAGCUUACUGACCUGUCAAUGGUCUUCUGCACCAGUUACACUGAACAGCUCAGCUAACACAUCUUGGCUUUUUCUUUCUCCAUUCUGGGUGAAGGUCAGCAUGAACCAGUGGUAACAUUGUAAACCUGUAUUAAGAUGAAGAAGAGGAAACGAUAUACCCACUCCUCUUACGACGAAAGCUGCGUCUCCUUUUGCUUCUCUACCCGUGCUGAGCCCCAGAGCCCGGCAUUGCGACCUGAAUGGAUGGGCAUGGGGAAAAGGGCCGCACUCUCCUACCACUGGGCUGAUCGCCUGCGGUUGCCCCGCAGCGGCACAUUCAGCCCUCUGCACCUUCUCUUAUUACUCACCCUCUGGACGGACACAGGGUACUGUCAGCAGCAGACACAGUGCAGGAUUCAGAAGUGUACAACUGACUUUGUCUCCCUAACUUCCCAUCUGAACACAGGAAGUGAUGGAUUUGACUCUGAGUUUUGCAAGGCGUUGCGGGCCUAUGCAGGCUGCACACACAGAACUGCCAAAGCGUGUCGUGGAAACCUAGUUUAUCAUUCUGCAGUUCUGGGCAUAAGUGAUCUCAUGAGCCAGAGAAAUUGUUCAAAGGAUGGUCCAACAUCGUCUACAAACCCAGAAGUUUCAAAUGACCCUUGUAAUUACCACAGUAGGUUAGCAGCAAGAGAACUUCGGUCAGGAGAGCACAUUCAGCCUAAUUACCUCUUCUGUGGCUUGUUCGGAGACCCACAUUUGAGAACUUUUAAGGAUGUUUUUCAAACAUGCAAAGUAGAAGGUGCAUGGCCAUUAAUAGACAACAAUUAUUUGUCUGUACAAGUGACAAAUGUGCCAGUAGUUCCUGGUUCAAGUGCGACUGCUACUAAUAAGGUAACUAUAAUAUUUAAAUCUUACCAAGACUGCACAGAGCAAAAGGUGUACCAGGCUGUGAGUGAUGACCUCCCGGCAGCGUUUGUGGACGGCACUAUUAGUGGAGGCUACAGUGAGUCCAAAACAUUACACAUUUUAGAGAAAGUCAGCGGAAAAUAUGUUGAAAUUCAUGCUAAAUACAUUGGAACAACAGUGAUUGUGCGUCAGCUUGGAAAUUAUCUAACAUUGGCAAUCCGAAUGCCAGAGGAGCUGGCAAUGGCCUAUGGGGAAAGCCAAGACUUACAGCUGUGCAUGAACGGCUGCCCUACAAGUGAGCGCAUUGAUGAGGGUGGACAUCUACGCUUGCCUGUCACUGUUAGCACUCCAGCUAACGCUUCCUCAGUUCAAGCACGUUCCGUGUACACGCUGGAAAGUGCCACAGCCAAAUGUCUGGAGAAGAUACAAGUGAAACACAUCUAUUUCCACUCAUGUGUUUUUGACCUUCUCACUACUGGGGAUGCUAAUUUUACUGCCGCAGCCUAUAGUGCAUGGGAGGAUGUAGAGACCCUGCACCCCAGAAUGGAACGUUGGCAAAUAUUUCCAAACAAUGGAAUCAACGGAAUGCCCCAUGCUUUGCCCGCAGUUGCUCUUAGCCUUUUGUGCUUUGUUUCUGUUGCUUUUUUGUAGCAGUUUUCUUGUGCAAACACAAAAUGUAAAAUAUAUACUGUCAUAAUAUAUUGAGCAAAAGAUAAUAUUAUAUAUGUAUAUACCGUGUAUAUGAAGGGAUGUUUGUCUUGGGACACCCACAAGAUUGUAUAUAUUGUGCAACAGUUUUUACUUAUGUUGGAUGUAGUAUUACUUGUGUUCUUUUUUUGGCAGUUUGUGAAUUGUUUUAUGUUCCUUCAUUGGUAACAAUUAGAAAGCACUUUAUUUUUUUAUAUACUAUUUAUGUAUGUAUACCUGAAGAUGAGUACGAGACACACCCAGCUUACUUUGGUUUCAAUGCCAAGACUGUUUGUACUGUAUGAUAUUAUGGCAUUAGUUUUGCCAUGAUACGUAAUCUAUUAAAGUUGAAUUCUUAUUAAGAAUAUAUUGGUUAUUUUUAAUAUUGCAGUAUGUCUUUACAUUUUGAAAAUGUGAAUAAGGCAACCUCCAUUUCAGCUGCGGCUACAAUUGCCCUGGUUUACAUAAAGGCAGAAGUUACCAUACAGGUCUAAAAGCUAUGUUUUCUAAACAUUUAAGCCCUUCAUUUUGAUUGAUCAAAACAUUCAAAGUCUCCUGUGCUGUUGUGCUUAAGUCAUAGAUUUACCAUGAUGGAAAUAAGAACACACAUCUCUGUUCAUAACAGUGAACAGGAGAAACCAUUUUAUUAAAGGGAAAUUAAACAUUUGCUUUUCUAUAAAAAUAAUUCCCACUCUCCCUGGAGACGGCAAAAAGCAAAUUCUGGAAUCUAGGUUCUCAAAAUGUAACAUUUUCCGGAUAUAGAAUUUUUUUAGCCUCUAGGGAGCGUGGGACAAGCACAGUCUGUACACAAGAAAAGUGUUUUAAAGUCAAAACUUUAAUUUUUAUUUCAUUUUAAAAAAAAUAUAACAUUGCAAAAUGAAUUUGUUUUUUUAGUUUGCCUGCUUUUACUUUGAAAUACCUCUCUCUGAAAUUGUGCUUGUUCCACACUCCCUAGAAGAGGCUGUGGAGCUUAGAUUUUAUGCUUAGAGGGACAUUUUAAAGGUUUUUUUUUCCCUUGUUGCAUCUAAAUAGAGCAAUAGAGUCCUUAAAGGGACAUUAAACUUCUGGGCACAGAUACUUUGUUACUACACACCAUGCUAUUGUUUUUCCUCUUGUGCCUGUAGCUCUCAUUAAAGCUGUUCUGUUAUUUUAACUCUUUACAAGUACUGGUUAGUGAAGCUCUGCAUCUUUACACUGGACGCCACCAUCUUGGAAUUUAAAGGGACACUGAACCCAAUUUUUUUCUUUUGUGAUUCAGAUAGAGCAUGCAAUUUAAAGCAACUUGCUAAUUUACUCCUAUUCAUUUUUCUUCGUUCUUUUGCUAUAUUUAUUUGAAAAAGGCAUCUAAGCGAAGCAGCCAGCCAAUUUUUGGUUCAGACCCUGGGCAGCACUUGUUUAUUGGUGGGUGAAUUUAUCCACCAAUCGGCAAGAACAACCCAGGUUGUUCACCAAAAAUGGGCCCGGCAUCUAAACUUACAUUCUUGCUUUUCAAAUAAAGAUACAAAGAGAGUGAAGAAAAUUUGAUAAGAAAGUUGCUUAAAAUUGCAUGCUCUGAAUCGCAAAAGAGAAAAUUUGGGUUCAGUGUCCCUUUAAAGGGACAGUAUACACUCAUUUUCAUAUAACUGCAUGUAAUAGACACUACUAUAAAGAAUAAGAUGUGCAGAUACUGAUAUAAAAAUCCAGUAUAAAAUGGUUUAAAAACUUACUUAGAAGCUUUCAGUUUAGCUCUGUUGAAAAGGUAGUUGGAAAGCCCACUGCAAGUGGGAAAUAAGCCACUCCCCCCUCCCCCUUCUUUUGCAUAUUAAAAGACCCUUUACACAAACAGGAGCAAGCUGGAGAAGGUAGCUGACGGUAUUCAAAUAAAACUUUGGGGCUUGGUUAGGAGUCUGAAAAUCAGAGCAAUGUUAUUUAAAAAUAAGCAAAAUUAUACAUUUUUAAAAAAAACUAACUUUAUGGGCUUUAUAAAUAGAUCAUCUACAAAACAUUUAUGCAAAGAGAAAAUGAGUGUAUAAUGUCCCUUUAAGUAUACUCACACUGUCAGCAGCAGUGGGCAUUCACGGAUCAGUGAUAUUGACAAGCCUUAUUGUUCUCUAGUUUAGAGUGCACAAUACAGAGAGGAAGCUAGACAUGUUUGCAGUGGGUACAUUGCUCUUUAUUAUUCCUAGGGCCUUUUUUUUAUCAUGCAACUUUUAAACUAUAAAAAAACAAACUGCAAAUAUGUAAAGCUUCUGUUUUCUGUUGUGUAAGCUCACACAACGUGCAGGUACAGCUGUCCAUCGGCAGCAGCAUCACUAAUGUGUGAAACUGCACAUUGCUUCUAUCACAGGCUGCAACAAUAGGCGCGCACCCAGUCUAAAGAUACAGAGCUUUACCAGGUGGAUUCUGUAAUGGGUUAAAAUAAGAGACUGGCUAUAAAGAGAGAUGCAGAUACAAUAGGAAAAACACAGCAUGGUGAGUAGUGACCAUGUUACUGAAGUUGUAACCAGUUUCCUUCCCAUCUUAUGAAAAAAAAAUAUAUAUAUAUUGUUUGACAUUUUUGAUUUUCUUUCAUAUUGAUAAUAUCUUUAGAGUUUAUUGUCCCUAUAAGUGUGCACUGUGCAGCAGUUGGCCUGACCUAGAUAUGUCGUAUAAUCUACACAUUACUUAGAAAAUGAGUAUUAGAUCUCUUGUGCCAAUGACUAUAUGGCAACUUAUAGCCUCUCCAAAAAGAGACUGACUUUCCUCCCUUUCAACAAAACAAUGUACUAAAAGUGCGCUCUAAUAAAAACAAUUAGAGCUAUAGUAUAGGGAAGACUACAAAGUUUUAUAUAAAUAUUUGCUUAGAAUCAAUAAACAUUUAUUAAUAAAGUGGUCUUAAAAUAGCGUGCAUGCUAUACAAUAUGUAGAAAUACAGUAUGUAAAUGCAUAUAAAAGCAUCACUAAAUAGGAAUAUUCCGACAGAGUCCAAGAUUAGAAAUAUGUAUCAACAAUAAGACUUCAGACGUCAAUCACAAAGGAUUACAGAAAAGUUCAUAGAUCCGUGGAAAUCCUUAAAACAUAUAGAUUUAAUCCAUGUUCAGUAUUGAUUAAAAAAAAAAGUCCAAAUUAUAAUAAAUAACAAUGGAUCCAAGUUCACUAAGUGUGCAAUAAAUCAAAGUGUAAUAUUUUCCAAUUGAUCCAGAUACAGUUAAAGGGACAGUCUACACCAGAAUUUUUAUUGUUUUAAAAGAUCGAUAAUCCCUUUAUUACCCAUUUCCCAGUUUUGCAUAACCAAUAGUUAUAAUAAUACACUUUUAACCUCUGUGAUUAUCUUGUAUCUAAGCCUCUGCAAACUGCCCCUUUUUUUAGUUCUUUUGACAGACUUGCAGUCUAGCCAAUCAGUGCCUGCUCCCAGAACUUCUCGUGCACGAGCACAGUGUUAUCUAUAUGAAAUACGUGAACUAACACCCUCUAGUGGUGAAAAACUGUUAAAAUGCAAUCUGAAAGAGGUGGGCUUCAAGGGUCUAAGAAAUUAGCAUAUGAACCUCCUAGGUUAAGCUUUCAACUAAGAAUACCAAGAGAACAAAGCAAAAUUGGUGAUAAAAGUAAAUUGGAAAAUUGUUUAAAAUUACAUGCUCUAUCUGAAUCAUGAAAGUUUAUUUUGGCCUAGACUGUCCCUUUAAUAUUGAUAAUCCAAGUUUUAAUAGGGAGACAUAACACCCAUAAUACUGUGAAAUAGAUAUUUUAGUACAUUAAUUAGUACUUGCUGUAAAUGAGUUUGUGCAUUGCUCUAAUUGGCCACUAUUAAGGAAAAUCAGAUAAACACAAUCACCAUGGUAAGUACAUUCACUAAGGGAUCUAUUCUUGGUUUGCAAAACUCAAUGUUAAAAUAGUUAUUUUCUAUGUAGAUACAUUUCAGUCCAGUGCUUAAUUACUGAUUUGGAUUAUGGGUUUACAAAAAUGAAUGUCCAUCAAUGUCCCUUUUCAAACAUAUGCACCUAUAAACUGAUCUGCUAACUCCAAAGGCAGACCCUGUGUUGGCACAAAGCAAUGCGGCACUCUAGUCUAAUGCUCUGUUUGGGGCCGAUUAAAGCAAUUCAAAGAAAGGAAAUAAAUGAUUUGGCUUUUACUUUUGUAAUCGGGAAAAUGUGUAGGUACAGAAAUGUGAAACCUUGUAAGCCAUAUAGUUCAGUACAAACAAUGCUCAGAAAACUGAGACACAUUUUAAGCGCUUCUUUAAAAUAUAUUCAGUUUUCCACUCUUGGGCCAGCUGAAGGAUUUGAGAAAAUGUUGUUUGCACAUGUUCUUGAAGGCUGCAGCGGCCAAGAGCUUUAGAUAAUGCCAAACAUAUGGAUAUUUAGAGGCUUGUGAUGGUUCCCCGGGGAGAGCUAAAACUGAGGGAACAUGCUCAACAAAAUGGAUGUCUUUUUCAGACUUUGAAAAAAAAAAAAAGGUUUUGCAGGAACUUUUAGAUGUGGUUCUUAGCUCUACCAAUCAGUAUCUGUUUGUGUUCCAGUGACUGUGCAGUGUGUAAAUAGUUUAACGUAUUAUGCUACAAGAAUAAAGUUAAAUAUGUUUAAAGCAUAAUGCUGUGUUCUAGUGACCUCCAGUGUCAAUGAAAUAGUAGGCUUUGCUGUAACCAUUUUCACAUUCACUGUGUGUGAAUUACCGGAUGUGCUUCUUUCUCUCUAUAUACUAUUUAUUCUGUUGGCACAAAACCCAGAAAGCUGUGUUUUUUUUGUUUGUUUUUUGUUUUAGUUUAAUUAAAGGGACAUGUUACUCGACAUAAAUAUUUUAUUUAUUUCCUUGAUGCAAUUGUGUGUUCAUAUUUAAUACUAUGGUUAACUCACCAGAGUAACUAUUUGAGCAGUUACCAUUCAGCUACAUUUUUAUAGCCAUCUGUAUGAUUAAAAAAAAAUAACAAACGGCCAAUCAGCACUAUGUGCUGAAUUUACAUUUUGAUUUACUGUAAUGUUGGGAGAUUUCACCUUAGGGCCAGAUUCUCUAAACAAAUGCUUUCCUCUGGAACACGGCAACAAUCAGCAACUAGAGCCGGAAAUCCUGUUAAAGGUCACACACUACCUCCUGUAAGCCUGGAGUACCGUAGUUGCGGCAGAUCAGGUCUGUAAAUCCAAAGUAUUCCGAAAAGGAGGAGCAGGAACUACUUGGUGUAAUAUAUAAAAAUAUCCAACUUUUAUUAAGUAAAGUAAAAAGUCCAGCCGCCAUGGAAGGGAUAACCGUCUAUCCCUUACUUGUCUCCCUCCAUGUCUGUGGGACUUCUUACUUUUUGUAAUAAAUAAAGUUAGAUAUUUUUAUAUAUUACACCUAGUAGUGCCUGCUCCUGCUUUCUGGUCUGGCACAAUUUUCUAAGAAGUAUCGUUGGCACUGCAAGGUCUCUCAAAGAAUUUUAGAAUGGCAAACUACCUUAAGAGCUGUUUAUCUUACUAAGCUGGGUUCUGGAUGGUCUGGUGGGAUUUCACAAGCUUUCAUAGUAAACUUCCUGGAACUGAAGAAAGUGACUGGCUGCACAUAGCAGAUGCUUGCUCCCUUGCAUGCCCUAGGACAAGCAUCCAGAUUGGAUGCUUACAUUUCCUCUACAGUGGGAUGAGGCUACUGAGGAAAUGUUCAGGUACGAUAUCUAAAGUGCAAAUGCAUGUUUGUCAUUUUGUAGUCCGCUUUUUACAGCUAUGCUGCAUCACUUUCAAGUAAUUUUAGUAUUUGGGUAUCAUGUCCCUUUUUAAAUGUAGUAGGAAACAAGUUUAAUUCAGAUUAUUAAUUUACUUAAAACUCAUGUAACAUUAGGUGAUUUAUCCUUAAAUAUAUAUUUUGUCCCAUUGAACUAUCACAAAAACAACUAUCCUGAAUUUGUUUAUGGAUUAACAAAUGUGUAUGUGUGUUUAUAUCCUAUGUAAUUGCAAAAACAGUAGUGUGUACGCUUACGUUGUCAUUAUUAGACAUUUAGUUAGUUUUAUCCCCCCUACAGAAUACUAGUCGUGUGCAUUUUUGUUAAUGGGUUAAACACAACUGUGAUUUGUAAUAUUACUACUGUUUUUCUCUUUCUUUAAAGGGAUAGUCUAGUCAAAAUUAAACUUUCGUGAUUUAGAUAGAGCAUGCAACUUUAUUAUUUAAUCCUAUUCAUUUUUCUUUGUUCUCUUGCUAUCUUUAUUUGAAAAAGCAAGAAUGUAAGCUUAGGAGCCGGCCCAUAUUUGGUUCAGCACCUUGGUAGCGCUUGCUGAUUGGUCUCUAAAUGUAGCCACCAAUCAGCAGUUGCUCCCCAGAUGCUGAACCAAAUAUGGGCUGGCUCCUAAGCUUACAUUCUUGCUUUUUCAAAUAAAGAUACCAAUUAAACAACGAAAAAUUGAUAACAGGAGUAAAUUAGAACAUUGCUUAAAAUUGCCUGCUCUGUCUGAAUCGGGAAAGUUUUUUUUAAUUUUGACUAGACUAUCCCUCCCUUUAACUCCAUUUUGUUGCGUAAAACAGGGAUGGGUGCUCUUUGGCAGGGAGAUACCUAUAUUGAAGCUAUAUGCUUGCUAAUUUUUGGCAAGGUUUAGUGUGUGUUAUUUACAAAAGUAAUAUCACUUCAGUUCCCUGUGACUUGGCACUUACUGAGGCUCUCGCCUCAUACCUUUCUAUAAUGGGUGUGUGGUGGUUAUGGCGCAAAUCAAUUUUCCCCCUAAUUUUGACAAACUGUGCAAUGUUGUGAAACCAGAGUUCAAAUUUGUACUUCAUGAACUGAGUACACCGACAUGGUUCAAUCAGAUAACAAUAAAAAAAAAUCACAUACAAUGUUGGACUUGUUGAUGUAGACAUUUUAUCUGUAAAUUGUUUAUGUAAAUAUCAUGUUAAUAAAUUAUUACAUUUUAAAAAUGUGA